GCAUCGCCAGUUACUUGCCUGCGACAGACAAGACCAGACCGGCCCAGCUCCAGAGGCGGAGUCAGGAGAGGCAGGAAGCGCUCAGCAUCCCCCCUCCAAGCUGAUAAGGCUGGGCCACCGGAGGCACCAGUGGAACCACUGCAGAUGCGGCCCCAAUUCUUCCCGAACCAGUAUUGCGGCUGACCUGAACCCAGAGUGGGAGACGCCUGCAGGCCGCUGACGAUUGCUUUCUUGCAAGCUCUUUCUCUCCCUGACCAAGGAUGGAAUCUCUUCCUGAGCCGUUACUGGUCCGGAUCCUGGCCUCCGUCCCGGCAGUUGAGCUGAUACUGGUGUGCCGGUUGGUCUGCUCCCAGUGGAAGACCUUGAUCGACAGCACAGCCCUUUGGCUGUUGAAGUGCCAGCAGGAAGGAUUUGCUGGAGAAGAUGUCGAAGAAGGGGGAGGCGAGAACUGGCAAAUGCUUUACUUCCUGAAUGAGAAGAAGAGGAACUUAAUCAAGAACCCCACAGGAGAAGAGGGCCUCGAACACUGGGUGGAAGUGGAAAACGGGGGUGAUGGCUGGAAAAUUGAGGAGCUGCCUGGAGACUUCGGGAAAGAGUUCCCCAGCGAUGAGGUCCACAAAUACUUUGUCACGUCUUUUGAGUGGUGCCGCAAGUCCCAAGUCAUUGACCUCCGGGCUGAAGGGUACUGGGAAGAGCUGAUGGACACGACCCAGCCAAAAAUCGUGGUGAAGGACUGGUAUGCAGCCCGGUGUGACGCCGGCUGCUUGUACGAGCUGAAUGUGAAGCUGCUGUCUGAGACGGAUGAGGUGGUGGCCGAAUACCGAAGUGAGACCAUCGCUCUCCCGCAAGACAAUGAAGGAGAGUGGAACGAGAUCACCCACACGUUCACGGACUAUGGCCCCGGGGUUCGCUUCGUCUAUUUUGAACAUGGCGGCCAGGACACGGUCUUCUGGAAGGGGUGGUAUGGAGCACGAGUGACUCACAGCAGCGUAACCGUGGAGCUGUAAUGUCAACCCUCCGAAUGCUGGAACCGGGUCAGAGCCCGCGUGCUGGAUUGCUCCUCGUUGAGGAAGGAGGGAACUUCUGCGUGGUGGUUCUCAGGGCUGGAUUAAGCACCCUGCUAAAUCUGUCAGAUUUGAAUCUCUGCUGUGAUCUAGUUCUCUAGCAAUUCCAGACUCAAAAAGUUAACCAAAAAAAAGCCUUCCUUGCGCUUGAACAUUCCUGCAGCUAAGAAUCUUACCAAUUCAAAAACAUCCCCCAGCAAUGAUCACCGUUCCACUUGCAAUUUUAAAACAAUCUGAACGGGAAGAGGAAGUAACUCUUCCCUUUGUGGUACAGAAAUGUUUAAAGGGGAGGGCUGGAGGAAGGGGAUCAGCAUGAGGCCGCUGGGUGCACAAAUGAACACAAAUCCAUUUUGCCUGUCCUUGCCUUGUGCAUGAACAACAGAUGUCUUUGUGUGUAUUAUAAAAUUCUACACAAAGGGGGCGCUGGUGUGAGUCAUGAAAACCAGGCAAAGGUUUUCUGUCUCUUCCCCCCACACUGGACAAUUUAUGAAAACCAAACUCAUGACAUACCCAGUUCCAUUGGCCCCCCCAGAAUGACCUGAGCCCCCUAGGACUGCACUCCUCUCCCAUCUCUCUCAGUUGCCCUGCACAAAAGCAAUGCAAAUUUUGCAUAGGUAAGUCAGAGGGAUGGUUGAACCUCUGUAGGGAAACCCGCUUAGAAGAGAGAGGUGCCGAGAUUAGCCAUAAGGAUAGCUACAUGGAACCUUCAUUCUCGGGUAAUAAAGAGUCCAGUAGCACUUUUAAGACUCACCAACUUAUUUGUAGCAUAAGCUUUUGAGAACCACAGCUCUCUUCAUCAGAUGCGUGGAGGGUAUGAAGAAACUGGCCAGAGAUAUAUAGGUGGAGGGGGGAGAGGGUGCAGGGAGUGAGGGUCAUGUAAAUGUAUGCAUCUGACGAAGAGAGCUGUGGUUCUCGAAAGCUUAUGCUACAAAUAAGUUGGUUAGUCUUAAAGGUGCUACUGGACUCUACUAUUUUGCAACUACAGACUAACAUGGCUAAUUCCUCUGGAUCUCUGUUCAUGCUCAAGAGUCAGUCAACACUCUGAAUACUAUUGUCUUCGUGUCCUAAUAAAUUUUCAAAAAGGCAAAUAUGGCUUAGCUUGAAAGUAGACAUUAAGAACAAAGAAAGACGAAAACUUGCAUGUAAAAGAGGCAGGGCGAAGUAAUUGCAAUGAGGUGGUAAAAAAUUAGCAUCAUUUAUCAAAAUUUAGUCAAACACAGCAAACCUGCUUGCAACCCCCCCCCCCCCCACCGAUUUUAAAAUAAAUUCAUCAUGUUAUGGACGCCGCUGAAUUUAGGGGAAGAAGGAAAUCAAUAGACUUGAGUGCCUCUCAGAGCUGACAUUUAAAAUGGCUAUUUUGCCCUGGGUCAGUUUUGGGACAAAAACCUAAGGGGCACAACUCUACCCCCAGCCAACUAAAUCCCGAAUGAACAAGAUGCGGCCCCCCCCCCAAGUGUUGCCACAUGGCAGUGAAGCAAUGGGCUAGAAUCUUAAAUGCCUGCUGAGGUUUGUUUCACUCAUGAGGCACUUCUGUAUUUUCCUGUCUGUUGAUCCCCAAGACCCAAGCUGCUGCGUUCUCUUCUUAACACCUGUCUGGUGUGUAUGUCCGAUGCCAUGCCUGGCAAAGAGAGCUGCUGUACAAAAUUCUAGUCCAUUAAAUUCGCUUCCAUCAGAGCUGAUCUGCCCUGUCCUGCAUCACGGGACGGGAAGAAAUCUCUUGCCAUCGUAUUGCACCUCCCUUUUGUGUCUCCGGGGCUCCUGGAGUACUUCAGUCAAACGUGUAAAUAAAUGUUGGGUA